AUGUUCUUUAAAAAAUACGAAGUUAUUCGCAGUCCCGGCAGUGAAAACGCUACUUUGGCACCUAAUAUCGACAGAGAUACAGCAAAAGAAAGUCAACAUACACAGUUGCUCUUAACAACGAAAGAACUGCAGUCACCAAUACGACGUGGAUAUGAUUACCUGGAGGAUUACAAGAAGCUGGAAACGCCAGUAGGUCCUCGCUUUCCAGACGGAAGUAUUAACUGGACAUGCGACUGUAUGGGAGGAGGCACUCUGGUGGCCCACCACUGUGGAUUCCACUUCCGAAAAGUUUACAAAUGCAUGAUGGACGCAGAAACUCCAGAGGAUGCCAGCGCAAGAUGUUCCGCUCAAUUUGUCGACUGGGUCUCGUGCAUGCGGGACCUAAAUGGUUAG